CAACAUCUCCUGAGACUUCAUUUGAACUCUGCGGCCAUGGGGAAAGGCUUUUACAUUAGUAAGCCUCUAGGGUUUGUGCUAUUUGGGUUGGGUGCUGGGGCCGUGCUCACCAUUUUUGCUUUGUCAGUGGUCUAUGCUCAAGAGAAACGGAAAAACGAGGUAAAUGCCAGAGACGGGACCCGCAUAGUGACGACUGCAGCACCCCACAGAACCUCGGCACCGUCGAACGAGGCCUGGGACAAGUACAGACUGCCUGACGCCCUUCUUCCUGAGUACUACAAUGUGACGCUUUGGCCUCGGUUGGUGCCGGACGAGCAGGGCAUGUACAUUUUCACCGGGAAAUCUGGAGUUGUGUUCACGUGCGUGAAGGAGACCAACCUGAUCCUUAUUCAUUCCAAUGAGCUGAACUUCACCUUGACCUCGGAGAUGCACCAUGCCAAGCUGACGGGUUUGGGAGGAACAAGCGCUCCGGCCAUAGUGAAGACCUGGUUUCAAACACAAACACAGUUCAUGGUGAUUCAGCUGAAAGGAAAACUACAAGUUGGAAAAUCCUAUUGGCUCUACACGGAAUUCCAUGGAGAGCUGUCAGAUAACCUAGGAGGAUUUUACAGAAGCGAAUACACAGAAAAUGGUGUAAAAAAAGUUGUCGCCACAACACAAAUGCAGCCCACUGCCGCCCGGAACGCUUUCCCCUGUUUUGAUGAGCCGUCAAUGAAGGCCGUCUUCCGUCUGACUCUCCUCCACCCUCCUGGAACUGUGGCCCUUUCUAAUGGCAUGGAGCUGGGCACUAAAAGCAUCACCAUAGAUAAUCAAGAGGUUUUACAGACCAGAUUUGAGCCAACUGAAAAAAUGUCGACAUAUCUGUUGGCCUUUGUUGUCAGUGAAUUUACCAACAUACGAUCCCCUCCAGAGGCCAAUAUUUUGAUCAGAAUAUGGGGACGUAGAGAAGCCAUUGAAAGUUGUCAGGGAGAUUAUGCCCUUAAUGUGACAUUCCCUAUUUUGAAGUAUUUAGAAAACUAUUACAACACCACAUACCCCCUGUCCAAAUCAGACCAAAUCGCACUGCCUGAUUUCGCUGCUGGAGCCAUGGAAAACUGGGGUCUGGUCACAUACAGAGAGCUAUCGCUUUUCUACGAUCCUAAAGUGUCCUCUAAUGAAGAUAAAGAAUGGGUGGUCACUGUAAUUACACAUGAACUUGCACACAUGUGGUUUGGGAACCUUGUGACCAUGAGAUGGUGGAACGACCUGUGGCUCAAUGAAGGUUUUGCAAGUUAUGUUUCAUAUCUUGCAGCUGAUUAUGUUGAACCCACCUGGAAUAUUAAAGAUCUGAUGGUGCAGCAACAGGUUCAGAGGGCGUUUGUCGUUGACGCUCUUGUUUCCUCCCACCCGCUUUCUUCACGAGAGCAUGAAGUCAUCACACCGGAUCAAAUCGAUCAGUUAUUUGAUACCAUCACGUAUAGCAAGGGGGCUGCAAUACUGAGAAUGCUGUCUGAGUUUCUGACAGAGUCUGUCUUUGCUAAUGGACUUCAUAACUAUUUGCACGAGUAUGCAUACAGCAACACUGUGUACACAGAUCUUUGGAAAAAACUGCAGGAAGUUGUAGACGCAGAUUCAAGCAUCCAGCUCCCAGCCUCAAUAAAUGAAAUUAUGAAUCGCUGGAUUCUUCAGAUGGGUUUUCCUGUAGUAACUAUUGACACUCGAACAGGAAGUAUCACUCAGCAGCACUUCCUGAUACACCCAGAGGCAGUAGUGGACAAGCCAUCUGACUACAAUUAUGAAUGGUUUGUGCCAAUCACAUGGAUGAAGAGUGGCAGUAACAUGCGCCAGCACUGGCUGCUUACUAAAACAGCUUCAUAUGAGCCCAUGAAGACUGAUACUGACUGGUUAUUGGCCAACCUGAAUGUCACGGGAUACUACAGGGUUAAUUAUGAUCCCCAGAACUGGGAACGUCUCCUCACACAACUGAAUUCAGAUCAUAAAGUAAUUCCAGUUCUUAAUAGGGGCCAGAUAAUCGAUGAUGCAUUUAAUUUGGCAAGGUAA